AAUGUCAAAAGAUAGAAACCAUUCUAGACUUUCCUAGUGCUUCAGUGACUGAAACACACAUAGUUCCGGCAAUCUACCGGAAAUUAACACGUGCACUCCGCUAGCCUUUCAAAUUUUGCAACCAGGCUUUGCCAUGGCCGAGUUUCUAAAUCUGAUUUUAGGCUCCAUACUAUUUGCUAUUGAAGCCGUUGACGGUGAGGAUAGCAGGCUGCUCUAUUACUUCAGCAGAUCGUACGAGCUUCUGAGAGGGUGUAUCUUUCUGACUACCUACGUACAGCGCAGACGAAGAGAGUAUUUCGCGGGGUUCAGCAACGUGAACUUGAUGGCCCCGUUUCAGGACGAUCAGCAGACGCAGUGUUACCGCUGGAUCCACCUGUCGCUCAUCUUCCGCGCCUCUAGAUCAGCGACAUUUUCCUGAAGAAGAUGCCUGUAUACCGUGUCACAGCCAAAUUUGGCAUUUGUUCGCAGUCGUUCCAUUUUUUUGUGCUCUGGUAUUCACUUCUUAGCCCACAUCUGCCCUUUUGGGGAAUGUGAGUGUGUGUGUGACAUUUUGGCAGAAGUUCAACGGAAAAACGUUUGGCAGCACGGCCAGAAAAUGAUAAGCCUGUGCAGCAAAAAAAAAAGGGGGAAACAACCAAGGAAACGGUUCACUGAGUUAAAUAAAAAUUGAAAAAAGUGUAAUUGAAAUGCAAUGCUGUGUGGGGGCGAAGGGAUGAAAGAGCGGACUUACAAAAAGGGAAUGAGAAGGGAACUUUAUUCAAUGCCAGUAAAAGAUAUCCUGCUAUCAAGGUUGCUGGUUAAGGUGCCCCGAAAUAAAUAGAAUGGACUUGAAAUAACUUUUCUUGAGCGACCAUGUUUCUGAUUGGUUAAGACUGGUAUACAUUUAAAUAGAUAAAAAGGCUUUUCAAGACAUU